AGCUGCCAAAAUGGAGAAUCCUGAUGAAAUACUAAAAUUGUUAUCAGACAUUGAUUUCAGUGACUCUCUUGAUAUUACAACAGAAGACAGCUUGGCUGUUUUGGAAUACUUCAGUGUAAAUAUUGAAAAACUCAGUGACCUAAUUUGUGAACAGCCUGCACAACAGUUACUUCGGAAACUUCCAUUCUAUCAGUCUAUGUGUGGACAGCAAGUUGCUUUACAAGAUGAAGUGUUAGCAAUAGAACACUAUGAUUAUGUACCAUCUGAUGGUUUCAGUGAAUUGAUCAGGGCCACUGGUAAAGAAUUGAUCAAGCAGCAAGUUCAAUGCAAAAGCAUUUAUGAGAAACUGCACAUAAAGACACUGACACAAGAGGAACUGUAUGUUCAUAUCGUCCUUCCAAAAUUUGAAUGUAUGCCAAGUUCAGCCCAACUUUCACAUUUGGAAUUCAUACGUGAUAUCAUAUUACCCAGAGAAUUCCAAAUAAGUAGUGUACAGAAAGCACUGGAAGAUGAGUUGAAAACAUUGAGAUUCAUUGAAGUAGAGGAGGGCUUACGUCAAUGUGCAAGUGAGUUUUAUAGUCCUUAUGAAGAGGUCUUCAAACAGAUGUGUAGCACAGCUGAGUUUCCACCAUCACCAUAUGAUGAAGAAAAAUGGAAAACCUUUUUGGAAAUUGCUGGUUUGACGAAAGAUGUUAGCAUUGAACUUUAUCUAACCUUUGCUAGAAAAGUUGAAGCCCUUGGUAGCAAAGGUAUUACUAAAGACGUUAUCAACAAGUCUAAAGUGUUGUCCUCAUACUUAGCUGAGCACCAUGGGAGAUUUCAAGGACAUCUGUCACAAAUUGGAGAGAUAAAGUUUGUGUUACCUCAUACUGUUCGAAAAGAGCUGAUAGAUAUACACCCUCAGCUGCAUGAGGGCAAACGGCUGGUUGCCUACUGCGAAUCACUCCAUCCUAAGAACCACCACUGUGUUUGGACAAGCUGUUCAAUGUUCCACAAGAGUGCAAGCCCGUCCCUAUGGGAAUGGAUACCAUACCAAGAUGACUCCUCUGAGCUUGGCAUUAGAGCAACACCGGAAGAUGUAGAUGUAACAAAUCAUUUACAAAACAUAUGCAGCUCUUUUAAAGAACUUCAGAACCAGAAUUCUGUUUCCAAGCUAUGCCAUAUCAUUGAAAGUGUCAUGAAAUCUAUUUAUGAACACUUUAAAAAGUCAGAAAUCAAUGACAGGAUGAUGCGUCAGCUUCAAGACUUUUGCACAGUCUAUAUUCCAGAAGAGAAAUGUAUGGUUCCAGCUUCAGAAGUUGUCACAGACAUCGAGUCUUUUCAGAUUGUGGAAGGAUAUGUUUAUGCAAUACCAUGUGCAUUACGAAAAUUUCGUCAAGUUCUCCUGGGUCUUGGUGCUUCUGAAAAGGCACAUGCUAACCUGUAUGCAUGUGUGCUGGAGAAACUGUCCAAAAAGACACAAUCACUGAAAGACGAAGAUCUGCGUACAGCAAAGAAGGCCAUUACCCUAAUGUUUGAAUUUAUCGAAAAGGAAAACGAAGACGAUUCUCCCACAUUAGACGUACCAACAUUGUAUCUACCAGAUGCAAACUGGAGACUAACAGACUCCAGCCAGCUGGUCUUCAUUGAUAAUGAUUCUUUCUUAGAAAGAGUUCAAUCUCUUGAUUUGCAGUAUUACUUGGGAUUUGAGCAGUUUCCACAUUCGAACAAGGGUCCACAAAGUCACAUUAACUUGCUACCAGAGUGCUAUCAGCUGAAGAUGCUGUCAUCUUUAGUCCAAGAAUUUGUCACUGAUGAAAGCAAAUUGAAAGCAUGUCCUCGUGAUUUAUCUCAGAAAUAUCUUGACAUAAUACGUGAUCCAGAUUUUGUUAGUGCCAUUGUGAGACUGGUCAAUCACACAAAGGUUUCAGAUCGCAAACGAAGUCUGUACCAAACUGAAGCAAGGACAACUGAAGAACAGUUGAGGAAGCUGGAAAUCCAUGAAGUUGAGAACCUACAAACAGAACUUAGACAGAAUGAUGGUAGUCAAGUACCUCAUAGCGAAAAGAAAAAGAGCUGGAUGAAAGAACACUUCAAUGCAAAAGUAUACCUAUUCAUUGACAAUGACAUUAACACAGAGGAGUUAUGUGCUGGCUUGACAUCAACAAUUUAUUCUUUGACUUCAGAGGGAGAGAUUUCAAGAUUUCACAUAAAUCAUUUGUUAAAAUCUGACCCAGAAACAUACAAGGAGUAUUUGGAUGAACAGAGUGUAAGGACAUAUAAUUAUGAAUGCCAACUAAGAGAGGACUAUUCGUUUCCUAUUCCUGGGAGAUCAAUCCCAGAAGAUAUGCACUGGCGUCUGGACAACAGAUUCCAUGACUUUGAUGAAUGGGAGUAUGUAGGACUGGAGGUUUAUGACCCUGUCGUUGACACCGAUACUCCUGAUGAAGAGGGCAAACCUGAGUAUGUCUAUGCACUUGUAAAGAGAAUCCUGUCAAAGGAAACUUUAUUGGUCAGAGGGCAAUAUGAGGUUGCACUUGGGAAUGGACAUCUUGAGACUAUAUGUGGUUCAAGGAUGUACAAAAUUAAGAGUGAAAACACUGCAAUAGUAGAACUAUCUCAACAUGAACUACCAGAGGUGAAACCUAGAGACCUGAAUACAGUGUUGAAGGAAAUCAGAAAUAUUCUGACAGAAACUAGGAGAACAAGUACUAGUAUGGAGGAAAGAAGAAGGGUAAAGAAAAGAUUGUACUUGGCUUGGCAUCCAGACAAGAACAUUGGAAAUGAAGAUUUCUGUACAAAAGUAUGUCACUAUAUUCAGUCAUACGUGACGAAACUUGAAAAAGGGCAGAGCAUAACUGAAGGUGGUGACGUCCCUGCAGAUGACGCAGACUCAAGUUUCUUUGAACAUAUGAGGAAGAGAAGUUCACAUCAAAGGUCUCAGUACCAACAACACCAAGACCAAAGGGACACAUCCUACAAUCGCCACCACUCUGCUCAUCCUCAACCAGAGGAAGCAACACGGUGGCUCAGACAGGCAACAUAUGACUUGAGGUCAGCCAGGGACACUCUCCAACUUGGUAGAGACUAUAACUGGGUGUCCUUCAAAGCUCUCAAGGCAGCAGAGAAGGCUGUCAUAUCAGCCUGGUACAACAGGGAUGCCCGCAAGGCACAGAGUCAAUGGAAAAAGGGCAUCAUAAAAGCAGCUAGCAGGCUGGGAAAUGUCCGUUUGUCUGAGCUUGUGACUCAGCUACAAAAUGUCGUAGGUGACGAUGACAGAAUGCUAUUUCCAUAUAGACUUGCCUGUCCAAAUACACCAGCUGAUGUGUACACUGAGAAUACAGCGAGACAAGCAUGUGAACUUGCAGAACGUGUUCUCAAUCUCGCAGAAGAUAUGUAAGACUGCAGAGAAAACUGUGAUGUUAGUCUCGUACUACAGAUAUGACGACAAGGAAGACAAGUUACCAUGUACAGAACCUAUUUAGCACAGAGGUAGAUCUGAUCAAUUCCUUUUCUCUGAGGUGGUAACUUCGGCAAAAUGUCUGGAUAAACUGAGCUCAAAAUUCCUGAUAAAAUAUACACAGAGAGAAUUUAAAGUUGCAGAAAGUAUUCUUGAUGUGGUGAGAGAGUUCUUGGGUCAGAUUAACAUUUUGUACAUAUCUCUUGAUUUGAUAAAGUUAAUACAUUUUGCUUUUUUAAUAAUAUGUGUGAAUAUUUCAGAAUCUGCAAAUAUUGUAUUUUGUGUAUAGAAGUAGAUUGCAAUAUUUCUUGCUUCAUUAAAUUGAUCAACUGUAUUGAUAAAUUUAGUGAACUUGAGUAAACAUUGCAAAAUGUGUCCAUAUUUCAGGUUUGCAAAUAUUGUAUUUUAUGUUCAGAAACAUAUUUUCAAUGUGUAUGUAAAUGAAGUUUUGAAAAAUGUAUCAAGUGUGUAAAUAUAUGUACAGGAAAUUUAAUGAAAUGUUUACAAUGUUUAGAUAAUAAAGAACUUGGAAACAUUACAUAUUGUAUAUAGUAAGGAAUUGACUUUGACAUAUGACAAAAUGUUUCUUCACAAGAAAAACCUCUUGAAUUACAUGAAACAAUGUGUACAUAUUUUAGUGGAUCAGACAUUUACAAUGUGUUUGUAUUUGAAGAUUUAGGUAAGAGUUGGAUCAAACUGAACAUGUUCUGAAAAACAAAUUAUAGACUUUUGUCAAUAGAAAUAUGAAAUGAUGCACCAAAUGCAAAUAGUUCUUGCGUCAUUAAAUUGAUCAGAUGUAUGAACCAAUUUAAGGACUUUAAGUAAACAUUGCAAAAUUUGUUUACAUUUCAGGUUUGCAAAUAUUGUAUAUUACAUAAAG